AACACAUUUAGAAUAUAUAUGGAGUAAUGGAUAUACUCUUAUAUCUUUGUGAAAAAUAUGUUCUAUGUUUAUUGUUGUGUCCUUCUCAAACAUAAUAUGAUAUAAUCCAAAUAAUAAAUAUAUAUGAAAAUAGUAGGAGAGAAACUUCUCACACAUUAUCUCACUUAGAAGACAUGUGUAACAUAAAAAAAUGAAACUUGUUUGAAGUGAAAAAACUAAAGCAUGCAGUUGACUUGACCUUGUUGUUGGGUUCCUUGUACAAACACUCUUCAUUUCAUUCACUUGCAAUUUCCUGUUGUAACAAUGCAUCUGCAGCUAGAAACUUGGACAGCUUUGGUUGCAAUUUUGUGUUUACUUGGUUUUAUUCUGAAGGAGAUUCUUAUGGGAGGGAAUAGUUCAAAAGGGUCACCUAGAAGGAGACAUGUUCCUAACUCAUAUGAGUCUUCAGGUUCUUCUUCAUCUUCAUGGGAUAAUAAUAACUAUGGUGGUGGAUAUCCACCACACCCUCAACAGAGUUCAUAUCAAACACCUCAUCAUCAGUUUGCAUCUGCUUCAGCUCCAUUAUAUGAGUACUCACAGCCAAAAAAGAAGUUAGAUAGGAGGUAUUCAAGGAUAGCUGAUAAUUACCGUUCAUUGGAUGAGGUUACUACUGCUCUUGCAAAUGCUGGGCUGGAAUCUUCUAAUCUCAUUGUGGGCAUUGAUUUCACUAAGAGCAAUGAGUGGACAGGGAAGAGGUCGUUCAAUCGGAAAAGUUUACAUCACACUGGAAGUGGUCAAAACCCUUACGAACAAGCAAUCUCUAUUAUUGGGAAAACUUUAUCUACUUUUGAUGAAGAUAACUUGAUUCCAUGUUUUGGAUUCGGAGAUGGUAACAACGGAUGCGAAACUAAAUGCCUUUUCCAAUGUAGUUUUUUUAUUUCCUUUCCAAGUUGCAAACAUGUUUAUUUACUUGCUGUCCAUUAUUUGUCAGCGUCGACACAUGAUCAAGAUGUAUUUAGCUUCUAUUCAGAAGAGAGGUUAUGCAAUGGGUUUGAGGAAGUUUUGGCGCGAUACAGAGAAAUUGUUCCUCAUCUCAAACUUGCAGGACCUACCUCAUUUGCCCCUUGUAUUGAAAUGGCUAUGACUAUUGUUGAACAAAGUGCUGGUCAAUAUCACGUCCUGCUACUAAUUGCAGAUGGACAGGUGACCAGAAGCAUCGAUACAGAACAUGGCCACCUAAGUCCACAGGAACAGAAGACAAUAAACGCAAUCGUAAAAGCCAGUGAGUAUCCACUGUCAAUAGUUUUGGUAGGAGUUGGAGAUGGACCGUGGGAUAUGAUGAGGGAAUUCGAUGAUAACAUCCCAUCUCGAUCAUUUGACAAUUUUCAGUUUGUGAAUUUUACCGAGAUAAUGUCAAAGAAUGUAAAUCCAAGCCGAAAAGAGACAGAAUUUGCGCUUGCAGCUUUGAUGGAGAUACCUUCUCAAUAUAAGGCAACCAUAGAGCUUGGCUUAUUAGGUGCACGGAGGGGACAUUCACCGGAUAGGGUUCCUCUACCCGCUCCACUUUAUAAUAGGACUUCUUCGAACAUCAGCGGAAAAUCUUUUCGGUCAAACAGUUUUCAGCAGAAUGUACCUAAGAAUACUGGUUAUGACAGCAAUGUGAACACUGAACCAUCUUCAAGCUCUUUACAUGAUAAUAAGGUUUGCCCCAUUUGUCUCACCGAUGCGAAGGAUAUGGCAUUUGGUUGUGGGCAUCAGACUUGUUGUGGAUGUGGAGAAGACCUACAAUUCUGUCCCAUUUGCCGGAGCACAAUAAAUACUAAGAUAAAGCUUUACUAGCUGAUUAUGAUGCGUACUGGCUUUCAGUGAAAAUUUCAUUCAUUGUCGGAAUAAGGUUAGUCAUCAAAGUUUGAUAAGGUUAGAACAUCAGAGUGAGGAAGUGUUUUUUGUAUAUAGAAAGAAUAAAAGAAUGAGCCUUACCCUUUUGUAUAUAUGUCCCUGUCCUCUUGUGUGCACUGAAGGCAUCAUGUUAUUAAGCAAACUCUGUAAAAAUUGUCCGGAUUGUUUCAAUGAACACUUUUUUUUUGUUUCUUUCUAUAAAGCAUAUUUUGAUUUGA